UGCUCUCCACUUCCUGCGUGGAAAAGAGGCGCUAUGCUGCUUCCAUUCCUGUGUUGACAUGAGGAAACAACGGGGAAGGCACCGUUGACACAGUUGGAGCAUAACAUCUCAGUUUGAGGCUGACCAAUAUUCACCUGGACUCAAUAUCAUCCCACCAGCUAAUACGGAGUUGGAGAAAAGUGGAGACAUGAAUGACCAAAAUUACAAAGAUAAACUAUACCACUCAUCCUCAAUGCCCCUUGGAUGGAUUAAAGAGGUUAGGCAGCGGAAAGCAGGCAAAACAGCAGGAAAACUUGAUGUCUACAUAAUAAGUCCCAAAGGGCAGAAAUUCCGGUCAAGAGCAUCCCUGCGUGCUUUCCUCUUAGAAAGUGGGGAAGCAGAGUUGGACAUAAGCCAUUUUGAUUUCACCACAUCCAAAGAUGAGUUCGCUACCUCACAAACAACUCCAUUAAAAGAAAAACCGAGAAGACAAAAGAUGAAACAAGCAGAUGAACAGCAGGAGAAAAUGGGUAAAAACCUGGAUCCUCCCCCCAAUAAAUCCAAAAGAUUCUCUUCCUCCUUCAGAAAUGGUACUGAAGAUAGAGAAGUAGAGACUGUAAAAGAUACUAACUCUGUUGAUGGUGACAUUUUGCUAAAGAGGACACAUAUAGAAGAGGUUUGUGGGGACAAAACAGAUGAGGCUACUAGGGACUGGUCACUGACGACACCUUUAGCACUAGCGGAUGAUGUAAAAGUGGGAAAGAGCCCUCAAAAGGCGGGGUUGCUGAGGAAAAAGCUACUCAGACUGGCUCCUUCCAGUAAUCAACAAAACACCUUACUUGUUGGCAAGAAUGAGCAGGCAGACUCACAGCCUUCAGUCCCAACUCUGAAUAUCGAAGCUGCCACUGAGAGUGAGAAUGAAGGUGAGAAUGCACCAGACACAGAUGUCACACAGAUUCACAGCAACGGCGGCGACGACAACUCUAAAUUUGAAGUGGAGGCUGAUGCUGGCAGUCAUCGGGAUGAUGAUGAGGGGGAGGAGGAGGUGUUGUUAACCGGCAUCACUGGCGGGAGCUGCACACCAGUUAGAGGUUCCCAAAAUAAGUCCAAGAGCUUGGAAGACAAACGGAAAACAAGCCCUUAUUUCAGUGGGAAGCCCCCCAGAGAUGGGCUUAGUCCACCAAAGAGGAAAGCCUUUAAGAAAUGGACACCCCCUAGGUCUCCCUUCAACCUUGUCCAGGAAACCCUUUUCCAUGACCCCUGGAAGCUCCUGGUGGCCACUAUUUUUCUAAAUAAGACAAGUGGCAAGAUGGCCAUUCCAGUGUUGUGGCAGUUCUUUGAGCAUUACCCAUCUGCAGAAGUGACCCGUAAGGCCGACUGGAAGCCCAUGUCUGAACUUAUGAAGCCACUCGGGCUGUAUGAGCUUCGAGCCAAAACACUAAUCCGCUUCUCAGACGAAUAUCUAACUAAACACUGGCGUUACCCUAUUGAGUUACAUGGUAUCGGCAAGUAUGGCAACGACUCCUAUAGGAUCUUCUGUGUUGGAGAGUGGAGACAGGUGAAACCUGAAGAUCACAUGUUGAACAAAUACCACGCCUGGCUGUGGGAGAACCAUGAAGCCCUGAGAAUCUGAAUUAUGAGACUACAAGGAAGAUUUUUAUCUUGGCAGAUGCAAGAAACCAUUAUAUUAUAUAAUCACUGUAAUAAUCUAAUCACAUUAUGUUAGCAUGGUGAUGGAUUUUCACUUUUAAAGCCUGAACUCCUUUAAGAUUAAGCAGCUGUAUUCUAGAUGUUUAGUCCUUCUUUAAAAAGUUUUAAUUCAUGUUGAAUAAAAUGUUUUAAGUGGUUAAAAAUGUGAAAUUAUUGAGUGUAAUAUUCAGUCAUUCUGCUGCUUGUUUUUCUUGUCUCAUUCUGGGAUAACAUAGAGAAACAUGCUAUGUCUUAUGUGAUUAAUCCAUUGCCACAGGCUAAUAAUCUCUCUUUUAGAGUGCACUGAUGCAUAGUCACUCCACACAGGAGCUUUCUUUUUAUGAGAUGUAACCUGAUUCCCAUGGCAACUGUUACCACCGCAAAACCCUUAGUAAAUGCACUGGAGUGCCAAGGGUUUAAUCUAUAACCAGACACGCUACUGUAAUUUGCUGUAUUUAAAUUUUGAUUUGAUUUAAUGCAAAGAAGACUGAGGACAGUUUUGUUAGAUUUAACAUUUUGGAACAGUUUCAGCACGUAUAAAGUGAAGUCUGGACAGAACUGCUUUUCAACCACAAAAUGAGACUACCAGCUAUCUCUAUAGCUUCCACACCUGUUUGUAUUCCUCGUGACACAACUCCUGUCCGGCAGACUCCGCACCUGCUGGUCACUUCCUUAAAAUUUCCCAUCAUUUCAGAUUCUGACUCAACCCCUCUGUGGACAAGUACCCAGAAUAUUCCAAGAUUGAACCCUUUGCAGCCUCCUUUGGCCCCUAAACGCACAGUCAGUCUGGAGACACAAGCUGUUCACCACCACAACCAGCAGAGGGCACUGUUCAUGCAGAGAAAAGAUCAUUUCAGAGCUGAGAUUAAAGUCACUGACUUGCAGUUGAUGUGUAAGGUAUCAUCAGGCAUGGCAAAAACCCUUUUAUGGAACCACUAGUGAGAAAGAAGAGUACAGGAAGGAUUUGCGAGGGCAGUUAAAGAGGCAGAUGGAAGAGAAAUGUGUGGCACUAAAAAUGCAGGUGACCAGGAAAGCAAAAGAAGCAGAGUCUGUCAGAGAAGUGGACCGUCUUUCCCUGUCCAAUGAAAGAGAGCAGAGGAUUCAACACAGUAAAGCGAUGAUGGCCUACAGAGAUGAAAACAAGAGGCUAAUGGAGAAGAGCUGGAGGGACAGAGCACUAACACGUUCCCAGGAGGCUCUGAAGGAAAGGGAGCUGCUGUGUCUCAACCCCAUUAACUGGAGUGGAACACUGAAAUAGCUCCAACCUUUUAAGUCAAAAGCUGUGACUCAAACAUCACUGUAGAAUUCAGGUAUACAAGUCUCACAUGACAAUGGCAUGCAAAAUUCAGUUCAUACUAUUCAAACAAAAUUUGUUUUACAGCACUUUUUUGAAUACUCUGCCAACUAGGAUAUGAAUGUACCCACCCCACCCCCCUUUUUUAUUUAAAUACCCAUACUUGUUUGUACUUUCUUUUUCCCCAGUAAUCUGCAGCAUAUACCAAUUAGUCUGCAGUUGGUUCUUAACAUUAUCCAUCCAAAUUUAAGAAGCAGUCAACAGAACAAUGUUAAUAUCUAGUGGUCCAGCUCAAGUCCAGACCUAAAUCCUGUCCAGACUCAUGGAGGGAGCUAAAGGCCAGAGAGAUGCUCUCUCCAUCUUCAAAGACCUGGAGCUCAUCGCAGGGAAGAAGCUGUCCCAAGUCCCAGUGGUGAUGGGCAACGAGCUAAAUACUGUCUUGAAGUUGUGAUUGCAAAUAAAGGCUUUGC